UGGRCAAUGUUAUUUUAACCAAUCACGUGAUUGCACGCUGGUAUGUUUCACGCGGGAGAUAUAAAAUGGCGUCUUUUGAGAGAGUUGGUAGUUGGGUCGAUAUUCAUCAAGACUGUGUGGAAACUACUGAAAUCCCCGACGAAAAUACACCUUUAAGUCCAGAGGAAGGUCAAAACAUGAGAAACCAUUCGAAAUUAUCUACAAAGAUCUAUUCUCCGUCAAGAAAGUCUGGCAAAUCGACCGGCUUCACUGUGUAUGGUUCGCCUAGUAUGACUAAAGUGGGAAAGUCUUCUAAUAAAGGGGGCAGUGAAAGAAGGAAAACUUUGCAAGUCUUGCAGCCUGCAGCAGAUGGCAAAGGAGUUCUUGUGGGAAGUGGAGGAGCACUGAGAAGACAGCAAAAGAAACACUCUUCCAAGCCUAAAGUUAAAGAUCAUCUUACCCAAAGAACUUUGAAAGAUUGCACACCGACAACAGCAACAGAGUCAUCAGAUUCAGAUUCAAGUGCACCAAUUCCCAAGUCUGUUGAUGUUGCAAGUGAUGAAGCAUAUGAACUUAUGAUCAAAGAACCAGCUCCAGAGAGGUAUUGGCAGAUGCUUGCAGAAGAAAGAAGAGUUGCAUUGCAUGAAGCACUUGAAGAAAACCAAAAGCUAUGUAAUGAACUAGAUGCACUGAAGGAAAGAUGUAAGAAACUGGAAGAAGUUGCUAGCCAAGCUGAGUACUUUGCAAGUCUGUAUUCGAUGGUGAUGGAAGGUGAAGCUCCAAAUCUUGAUGACAGUGAUCCCAUAGAGGCAGCAAAUGAAGAAAACAAUUCAGUUGAUGAGUCAUACUCCAAUGGUGAAGAAGACACGCCAUAGUGUUGCUAGAGGUGACAUACCAAUAUUAUUUUUAUU